GGCUGCGGGGCGCCGGGGCGGGCGGGCUCCGCGCGCAGGUGGCUCCUCCCCCGCUCCUCCCGAUCCCCGGCGCGCCAGGCACCGUGCCGGCUUCCGAGGGAGCGCCUUUGUGCCCGGCUCCGGGCGCCCGCGACGGCCACUGCGCGCCAGGGUCCAUUGUUUCGCUUCUCAGUCUGUUCCAGGCAGGUGCCGCAGGCGCGCGGUGUCCUCACGUGCCACCGCGGCGGCUGGAGCGCCGGGACCCCGGGAGCCGGGAGGGGCGUCCGCGGGCGCGCAGCGGGCAAUGAAGCACCUGAAGCCGUGGUGGUCGGCCGGCGGCGACCUCCUGCACCUCACCGUCCUGCUGAGCUUGGCGGGGCUCCACGUGGACCUGGACCUCUACCUGCUGCUGCCGCCGCCCACCCUGCUCCGGGAUGAGCUGCUGCUCCCGGGCGGCCCGGCCAGCUCCGCCCACGCGCUCAGCCCCUUCCCGGCCUUGGGAGGGUGGGGGCGCGCCGGCUGGCUGCACCCCAAGGGCCGGGAGCCCGACCCCGCAGCGGCGCCCGAGGGCCAGCUGCUCCGGGAGGUGCGCGCGCUAGGGGUCCCGUUCAUCCCCCGCACCCGGGUGGAUGCGUGGCUGGUGCACAGCGUGGCGGCGGGGGACGCGGACGCGGCCCACGGGCUGCUCGGCGCCGCUGCCUCGUCGGCCGGAGGAGUCGGCACCAGCUUGGACGGCGGCAGCCAGGCUGCGCAGGGGGGCGGCGGGGACCCGCGAGCAACUCAGAGUAGCCCCUUGGUCGCCGAGGAGGAGGAGGAGAAGGCACCCGCGGAACCGACGGCUCAGGUGCCGGACGCCGGCGGAGGCGCGAGCGAGGAGAAUGAAGUACUAAGAGAGAAAUGUGAAGCUGUGGAUCACAGUUCCCAGCAGGAGGAAAAUGAAGAAAGGGUGUCAGCCCAGAAGGAGAAAUCACUACAGCAGAAUAAUGAAGAUGAAAAUAAAAUAGCAGAUAAACCUGAGUGGGAGGCAGAAAAGACCACUGAGUCUAGAAAUGAGAGACAUCUAAAUGGGACAGAUACAUCUUUCUCUCUGGAAGACUUAUUCCAGUUGCUUUCAUCACAGCCUGAAAAUUCACUGGAGGGCAUCUCACUGGGAGAUAUUUCUCCUCUUCUAGGCAGUAUCAAUGAUGUCAUGAAUUCUUCAGCACAUUACAAUGUAAAUUUUAGCCAGGCUAUAAGUCACGAUGUGAAUCUUCAUGAAGCCAUGUUGCUGUGUCCCAAUAGUACAUUUAGAAGAGAUCCAGUAACAAGGACUUCACAGGCACAAGAACCAUUUCUGCAGUUAACUUCUCAUACCGUCAAUCCUGAGCAAACCCUUACUGGAACUAAUUUGACAGGAUUUCCCCCACCUGUUGAUAAUCAGACACGGAAUCUAACAAGCCAAGACCUACUAUAUGACCUUGAUGUAAAUAUAUUUGAUGAGAUAAACUUAAUGUCAUUGACCACAGAAGAUUUUAAUCCAAUGGAAGUUCCUCAGCUUUUUGAAGAACCAGAUUCUGAUUCUGGCCUUUCUUUAAAUUCAAGUCACAAUAGCAUCUGUGUCACCAAGUCUAAUUCUUCUCAUUCUAUGUAUGAUGAAGAAGGUGCUAUAGGUUAUAGUAGUGACCUUGAAUCUCUUUCCCAUCAUGACUUAGAAGGGGCUGUAGGAGGCUACUAUGCAGAACCCAGUAAGCUUUGUCACAUGGAUCACAGGAGUGAUUCUGGUUUCCAUGGGGAUCUUACAUUUCAACACGUAUUUCAUAACCACACUUACCACUUACAGCCAAGUGCACCAGAAUCCACUUCUGAAUCCUUUUCAUGGCCUGGGAAGUCACAGAAAAUAAGGAGUAGGUACCUUGAUGACACAGAUAGAAACUUGAGCCGUGAUGAACGGCGUGCUAAAGCUCUGCAUAUCCCUUUUUCUGUAGAUGAAAUUGUACGUAUGCCUGUUGAUUCUUUCAACAGCAUGUUAAGUAGGUACUAUCUGACAGACUUACAAGUCUCACUCAUCCGUGAUAUCCGACGAAGAGGGAAAAACAAAGUAGCUGCUCAGAACUGUCGUAAGCGCAAAUUAGACAUAAUUUUGAAUCUAGAAGAUGAUGUAUGUAACUUGCAAGCAAAGAAGGAAACCCUUAAGAGAGAGCGAGCCCAAUGUAACAAAGCGAUUAACUUAAUGAAACAGAAACUGCAUGACCUUUAUCAUGAUGUUUUUAGUAGAUUAAGAGAUGACCAAGGUAGGCCAGUCAAUCCAAAUGAGUAUGCUCUUCAGCGCAGUCAUGAUGGAAGCGUUUUGAUUGUACCCAAAGAACUGGUGACCUCAGGCCACAAAAAGGAAACCCAAAAGGGAAAGAGAAAAAGUGAGGGAAGAAACUGAAGAUGGACUCCAUUAUGUGGACAAAGUAAUGUUCAGAAACUUACCUGGAUCACAAACCACUGACAUUGCUUCAAGUGUUACAUCUUUUAAGUACUGCUACCUGAAGCACUCAGUUAAGGCUACUUUUUGAAGUUUAUAGACAAAUAUUUUGAACUUCAAGAUUGUAACUUACGGGGAAUUUUUACAACUUUUCACAAAAUCCUUGUAUUGCAUUGUAUAGAAGAUUCAUAGUUAUGUUUAAAGAAUAGGGUCAUAUGAAAACCUGGUAUGACUUACCAGUCACUUUGGCAACUUUAAAAAAAAAUAAGAUGGUCACUUCAGAAAGAGGAUAGGGGAUCUAAUUGUUUUAAGAUGUGUUUUUUAUGACUUAAAAUGUAAAGUAGCCUUAUUUCCACCUGUUAGUACUAUAGUGGCUUUUCAAAAGCUAUUUUAAUUUUUAUGAGUAUUUAACUUAUAAACUUUUUGUUCUGUGGAAAUUUUAUAUUUGAAU